GUGUCACUGCGCGCGCGUGCGUGCGUGCGGGCGUGCGUGCGUCUUAUUAUGUGUGCGCGUGUGUGUUGUUGCGUGUGUGUUGUUGCGUGUGUGCACCAUCUCGCAGUCCCGUUCAUUUCGGCCUGUUUUGCACUUGGUCUAUUUAGGGAGAGAUGAGCGGCAGGGUUGGAGAUCUGAGCGUGAAACAGGCCGAGGCUUUAGCGCUGUUUCGGGAGAGGGUCCAAGAUGUCCUGCCUCAAUGUCCGUCUCAGAGCGACCAUUUCUUACUGCGCUGGCUUCGAGCCAGAAAUUUCAACGUGCAAAAAGCUGAAGCGAUGCUACGUAAGCAUUUGGAGUUCAGGAAACAGUUGAAGGCUGACACUAUCACCACUGACUGGAAGCCUCCUGAGGUAUUAGAGAAGUUUCUCUCCGGAGGAAUGUGUGGCUACGACCGAGAGGGAAGCCCCGUGUGGUACGACGUUAUCGGGCCGGUGGAUCCCAAAGGUCUUCUUCUGUCCGCCUCUAAGCAGGACUUCAUCAAGACAAAAGUACGAGAUUGUGAGAUGCUGCAGAACGAAUGCACUUCACAGAGUGAAAGAUUGGGUACAAAUGUCGAAUCCAUCACUAUGAUCUACGACUGCGAAGGCUUGGGCCUGAAGCAUCUAUGGAAGCCCGCUAUAGAGACGUAUGGGGAGGUUUUGACAAUGUUUGAAGACAACUAUCCUGAAGGACUGAAGAGAUUAUUAGUAAUAAAAGCUCCCAAGCUGUUUCCUGUGGCGUAUAACCUGGUAAAGCACUUUCUGAGUGAAGACACUCGACGCAAGAUCAUGGUUCUGGGGUCCAACUGGCAGGAGGUUUUAAAGAAGUACAUCGACCCAGAGGAGCUCCCAGCCAUCUACGGGGGGAAACUGACCGAUCCUGAUGGCGACCCGCGCUGCAGGACCAGGAUUAAUCAGGGAGGCCUGGUGCCCGAGAAGUACUACGCACGGGAUUUUAUUAAGCUGCAGUACGACCAGUGUGUGUCUAUCAGCCGUGGUUCCUCCCAUCAGCUGGAGUAUGAGAUCCUCGCUCCAGGCUGUGUGCUUAGGUGGCAGUUCUCCUGUGAAGGUGGUGAUGUAGGAUUUGGCGUCUUCAUGAAGAAGAAGCUUGGUGAAUGGAUGAAGGCAGGCCAGAUGCAGGAAGUCAUGGCCAGUCAGCGCUACAACGCACACCUCGUACCCGAGGACGGAUCUCUCACCUGCGCUGAGCCUGGAGUGUACGUUCUACGAUUUGACAACACCUACAGCAUCUUCCAGUCCAAAAAAGUCAGCUUCUCUGUAGAAGUCCUCUUGCCCAGCAACGAUAGCCAAUCACAGCCUGACUCCAGCAGGUCUCCGGGACGGGAUGUGCAGAAAGGUCAAUAGUUUGUGAUUCUCAACCUGCCUGUUUAGAAGCUGUCCAGCAGGGCAGACCACUACUUGAACACGGUAUUUUCCAAAAAAGAAAUGUUUUGGAACUGUUCUGUAAAAAUGCUGCUUGUGGGAAGAGAAGAAUGCCAUCUUUCUAUUUUUUUUUCUUCUUCUCCGGGUUGAACAGCUGCACAAGACAUAGUAUUAAAAUUCCUUCAGUGUUUACCUUUUCCAGCAGGAUCUAGCUCAUCAGUUUGGUGUUGUCAUGGAGGUUUCUGUACAGCUGAGCUGCAGAAAUGGUUUGAAGUAGAUACUUGCUUUGGCGCUUUACCCAGAGCUAAUUAACUUACUUACACGAAUAUAUCUGAAGAAUCACAAAAGCACUUAGUAUUAUUAUUAUUUAAGGAUUAUAUAAGCAUUAAUUGAUGAUAUUGUACUGUGCAAAAGUCUUUCACACCCUUAUAUAAAUAAUACAAACUCAAGUUAUAGAUGUUUAUUUUAUGAGUUCUGCUUUACUGAAUCAAUACAAACCCAUUUUAGAUUUCCAUACAUGACAAAAACUGUUUAUAUGUCAGUAAAGAAAGCAACCUAUAACAUAACAGACCAGUUUUUAGACAGAAAUCGUAAUGAAGGCUCCUGCAAAAAACACAGGAGCUGUGGCAUUAUCAUUUCCUUUAGAAAACAAAACUACACAAAUUGUACCUAAGACUGUUUAUCUUUACUUCAGUUCAAGGACUUCAUCAGUGAACAUUUGAUAACUUCAACAAGACAAGCUUCAUGUUAAAACUAGUAUCAAUUUGGCGGCUUAGUGGUUAGCACUGUUGCCUCACAGCAAGAAGGUCCUGGGGCCUAUCUGUUUCUCCCCAUGCCUGCGUGGGUUUCCUACACUUUCCUCCCACAGUCCAAAAACAUGUACAUUAGGUUGAUUGGUAAUCUUAAAUUGCCCACAGGAGUGAGUGUGUGUGUGUGUGUGUGUGGUUGUCUGUGUAUAUGUGUGGCCCUGCAAUGGACUGGCGACCUGUCCAGGGUGUACCCCUUCCUUCUCCCAAUGUGUGCUAAGAUCCCCGUGACCCUAAUUAGGAAUAAAGCGGGUAUAGAAAAUGGAUUUUGACCAUAUAGUACACAGUUAUAGAAUGGAAAUGAUUUAUAAU